AUGACGGAUAUUUUAGAGCGAUUAGCAGAGCGAGAAGGUCAAGGACCUAUUAAUCAACCUGGGGCUCAAGAUAGAGGGGAUGAUAGGGCUUUGGAGAGAUUUUUGAAAUUUGUUUCGCCUAAGUUUAUCAGAGGACCUGACCCUGAGUUAGCGGAAAAUUGGUUGGAGAGAAUGAUCAAUAUAUUUGCCGCCCUAGACUAUACUGAAGAGAGACGAGUGAACUUUGCUGUCUUUCAAUUUGAGGGUGUAGCACGUGCUUGGUGGGAUGUGAUUAGGGGAAAAUGGGAAAGAGCACAGACCCCUUGGAUCUGGGAAAACUUUACCCGAGAGUUUAAUAAGAAAUUUCUCCCACCCUUGAUUCAAGAGAAAAUGGAGGAUGAAUUUAUAAAGUUGAGACAGGGGAUUUCUAGCGUGGCUGAAUAUGAAGGAAAAUUUAUUAAGAUUUCUAAGUAUGCUCCGGAAUUGGUGACUAAUGAGCGGAAAAGGAUAAAACGCUUUGUGCAAUGA